AGCUCGGCCAAAAAACGCCAUCGAGCUUGCGGUUCGUUGCUAGUUAGGUAGUACAAGCCCAGCCAGCCCGCCAGCCGUCGAUACACGCCACACUGCAGUUAGGAGACCAUGGAGACUGGAGAGGAAGAGCCACUCCGUUUGUUCAACAGACCACUUCAAUCCAGUCCUAGCCAAAAUGGAAUUCUGUUUACUCGAAUUCACCCAUUCAACCCCCCAACACCAUCGCUCGGUCCCCCGGGUUCCAACGGUGCCUCCAACCUCGAACUUGGAGCCUCUUAUCUCUGCCCAUUAGAAACACGUCCUCCCGACUCCGUCACCGCCGGCCGCUCAGAUCUCCCUUCCCUCCUUUUCCUUGAUCCUGAUUACCCGUCACCCCGCGAUUCUUUCCGAUCAGAUUCGCGCGCCCGGACAAGCGGGCGUUCUUUGGAGGGGUGACCUGCCAGCCAGCCGGCCAGCUUACCCCACCAUCGCAUUCCCCCCCCAUCCGAGACAUCCACAGAACCACAUCAAGUUCACUGGGUCGGUGAGGUGUGACAA